CGUCCCGGUUAUAACGCGCUUUCUCCUCCCGGGCCCCCGCUCCGGCUCAUGGCUCCCCGGGCCUCUCGAUGCCCGGGGGGGGUCCGGGGGGUCCGCCCGGCAUGGCGGGGGGGGGUCGUGGCGGCAAGAAGGGAGGAGGAGGAGGAGGAGGAGGAGCGGGGGUGUCGGCGAAGAUGGCGUUCCGGCGGGCCUACUCCAUCCAGGACAAGCUGCAAGCCAUCGAGCGGGUGAAGGAAGGCGAGAGGCAGGCGUCGGUGUGCCGGGCUUUCGGGGUGCCGGGGGGCACGCUGAGGGGCUGGCUGAAGGACGAGGCCAAGCUGAGGUGGUUCCUGGAGCAGCUGGGGGGCGAGGUGGGCACCCAGCGCAAGAAGAUGCGCUUGGCCAACGAGGAGGAGAUCGACCGCGCCGUCUACGCCUGGUUCCUGACCCUGCGGCAGCACGGCGUCCCCCUCUCCGGACCUCUCAUCCAAGCCCAAGCCGAAGCUUUCGCCCGGCAGAUCUACGGGCCGGGAUGCACCUUCAAGGCCAGCCACGGCUGGUUCUGGCGUUGGCAGAAGCGUCACGGCAUCUCCGGCCAACGCGUCUACGGCGAGGCCGGCCUCCCCGCCCGGCCCCGACGCCUGCCCGACGCCUGCCCGGCCCCGGCCGCCGACGCCGGGGGUUACGGGGACCAGCAGAUCUACAACGCCAACGUCACCGGGCUCUUCUGGAAGCUGCUGCCAGGACAGAGCGGCGGGGCGGCGGCGGCGGCGCGGCGGAGGCCGGCUCCGCGCCGGCGGGUCACCGUGCUGCUGGCCGCCAACCUGACGGGCUCCCACAAGCUGAAGCCCUUGGUGGUCGGGAGCCUUCGCGAUCCCCUCAGCCUCCGACAUCACAACCAGGACAAGUUCCCCGCUUGCUACCGCUACAGCCCCCGAGCCAGGCUGGGGCCGGCGCUUCUCCGGGCUUGGUUCUUCGAGGACUUCGUGCCGGGCGUCAAACGCUACCUCCGGCGGAGCUGCCUGCAGCAGAGGGCUGUGUUGCUGCUCAGCUCCCCGCCACCCCUUCCUGGGGUGGGUCCUGAGGAGCCCCCGCCGCUGCAGACUCCCGACGGGUCCAUCCGUGCCCUUUUCCUCUCCAAGGGACCUGCCGGGGGCGGCUCGGCCGGAGGAGGAGGAGGAGGAGGAGGAGGCCGGAUCCCGGCCCCGCUGGAGCAAGGGGUGGUGUUGGCCUUCAAGCAGCUCUACAAGAGGGAGCUGCUGCGCUUGGCCGUCUCCUGCGUGGCCGGUGGCUCCGGUGGCCCCGUGGACUUCGUCAGGUCCUUCCUCCUCAAGGACAUGUUAUACCUGGCCGGUCUCUCCUGGGACCUCAUCCCUCCCGGCUCCAUCGAGAAGUGCUGGCUGCUGGGGCUGCGCGCUGCCUUCGAGCCCCAGCCCGGGGAGGAAGGGCACGGAGACCUUCCUCCUCCGCCCGGGGAGGAAGGUGGAGGGGACAGCAAAGUCUUCAGCGACCUGACCCACCUGGCGGCGUUGGCCUACAAGCGCCUGGCCCCCGAGGAGGUGGCCGACUGGCUGCACAUGGACGACGCGGAGGAGGGCGACGGGGAAGAGGAGGCGGAGGAGGAAGGCUGCGGGGCUGAGGAGGAGGAUGAGGAGGAGGAGGAUGAGGAGGAGGAGGCAGCUGCUGGAGGUGGCAGAAGAGGCGGGGAAGGAGGGGGUGCCUUGCUGCCCACGGCUCGGGAAGCCAUCGAGGGCCUGGAGACGGCGUUACGCUGGCUGGAAGGUCAAGACCCCCGGCAGGUGGGACCCAUGAAGCUGGUGCAGCUCCGCUCCCUCCUCAGCAUGGCCCAGAGGCUGCACCGGGCUGGCAGCCCCUGCUCCUAGGGCAGGACCACCCGUGACCUCUUGGCUGCCCAACCCCUCAGGACCCCACCACGGGGUUGGGGACGCCCUGGCUGUCCCAAGGGGCUGGUGGUGGGGGUGCCGGCUCCCCUCGCCGCUCCAUCACGGGUGGUCCCGGGUUUGCCACGGAGAGGGGACAACAAUUUAGGGCUAAACGGGGUUUUCAUUUGAGCGACAACCCCUCCGUACCUUGUGUAGUUGAGGGUUGUUCCUCACCCUGAAGUAUAUUUAGGAGGUGCUAUUUUUUAAAUCCCAUGAGGCCGAGCCAGGGUGGUGGCCCCUUGCUCACGGGCAACAGGAGAAGGGGGUGGGUGUCCCCCCUCAACCCCGUGGGGAGAAGGGGCGAGGGAAGGACCUGCUUGGUGUCACCACAAGGAUCCAGGAUGAUGGGGGAAGUGACACUUAGUUCCUCACAUCUUGGAGAUGGGCACAGUUGGUGGGACAGGGACCACUCCUGGGGAGCUGUAAGGCAAAAGUCCUGUCCUGGAAGAGGCCGGUGACCUCACUUGCUGGUGAAAUGGAGUCUUGUUAAACUGGGGAGGUCUGGAGCUGGUUCAAGACAACUUUCUUCAUGCACUGGAUUGGGGCAGGGACACUUGGGUGGCACCUGAGAAGCUGCAGCUCCCCAGAGAGGGUCACCUCCAUCAUUCCCAGGAACAACCAGACCAUGGAGACUCUGUUGAAACAGGUACCAUCAUCCCAGCCACCCUGGUGAAGCCAAAGCCUUCGGUGAUGGGUGGGAUUGAGGUGCCUCCUCUGGGCUUUUGUGGGGUGGCUGGGGCUGGAGAACGUGUCUCACUGAGGAGACAACCUCAAGCAUUGCAAGUUGGUUUUUACCUGUUGGGUCUUUGUCUCAUAACUUCAGAGUUUAUGAAAAUUAAAUGGAUUUUUAUGCCCGC